AUGCGACUGCUCCUGGACGUGGAGAGCGCCUUCGAUGGCCUCCUGCACGUGGUCGUAGAGGCUGCCCUAGACAAACUUGGCAUCAGCGGUUGCCUCCGAAGCUUUGUGACUGCCUUCAUGUCCGUGAAGACCUUCUGCGUUCGUGUUGGGGGACAGACCAGCCAGUCCAGGGUCAUCACAACCGGUGUUCCCCAGGGCUCGGUACUAAGUCCUUUCAUCUUCAACAUGGCAUUCGCAGGGCUUCCAGCUUCCCUCCCGACAGACACCAGGUUUCCGGCCCAGUGCUCUGCUUAUGCUGACGACGUGGCACUUUGGGCAAGGGGGCCAAGGCGGUCCAUCCCGGCCAUCAGGAGGUCUCUGCAGGCAGCCCUAUAUGCGGUGAUCGCCUUCCUCGGACGCAUUGGCUUUAGGGUUUCUGCCACAAAAACCAAGGCCCUGCUGAUUCACCCACUUGCGGCGGCACGGGUCCACGUGAAGCCGCUAAAGGUCAACAACCGCCGUCUCCCUUGGAGGACGACAGCGAGGCCGCCUCAGCCCCAGGUCUGGCAUGUCCAGGGUGCCGUCAGCAGGCUGCAGCAGCAAGGCCGCGGAUGCUACACUAAGUGGGUGCUGCGGCUCAACCAGGCCGCGGCCACUUCUGUCCUGCUGUAUGCCCUCCCGCUGGUGAAUCUGAUGCCAGCCAGGAGACGCCUGCUGGAGGGGCUGCACAGGGAAGCUCUGAGGGCCAUCCUAGGACUACCUAGGAGCUCUCCUGUUGCCACAACGCUGGCGGAGGCGGGAGAGUGGCCCGUAUCGCUACGCAUGCUACAACGUGCGCUGGGGCACAUAGAUCGUCUUCACUGUGCUGCAGACGGUGCAGCUCUUUUGGCCCGCCUGCGCAGUCUGUCACGGUCCAGAAUGGGUGGUCUCAUCCCCUUCUACAACCAGAUGGUACCGGAUCCACCCAUCUCUGUUGCCCCUUCAUCGCCACACCUCCGGCCUGCCGUGGCCUGGCACAGGAACGUUCGAGGGUCACCACAGCCUACCGCAGACAGGGCCAACCUGCCACCACCUUAG